CGAAGACACUAAUGCCGUAUUCGACCUGCGUCGCCCUUUGCCCAGUUAAAAGUUAGCAGAAGAAGGACUUUGCAUUAGUGCUCCAUUACCGUAGAGUGGAUGAAGCAAGGAAAAGCAGCCGAAUGGAGGUACACAAGAAGUUGUUAAACUCAGUUGAAGGCUGUGUGGAUGAUGCUCUUCUGGGACUUGUCACCUCACACCCUGGGCUGUCCCUGCUGCAGGGCCAUCAUGUGGUACUGCGUUCUGAUCUUCAUGCCUUAAAAGGGAAAGUAGCACUGCUGUCAGGAGGUGGGUCUGGCCACGAGCCGGCACAUGCAGGCUAUGUCGGUCAAGGCAUGCUUUCAGGUGUAGUAGCUGGAGCCGUGUUUACAUCGCCCCCUCCUGGAAGCAUCCUGGCAGCUAUCCGAGCAUUGACAGAUGCAGGAGCAGCUGCUGUUCUUCUCAUUGUGAAAAAUUACACUGGUGAUCGAUUGAACUUUGGCCUUGCUUUGGAACAGGCAAAGUCAGAAAGUUUGUCUAUCGCUAUGGUGAUUGUUUCUGAUGACUGUGCAUUUACUACCACCAGCAAGGCUGGGCGCCGUGGCCUCUGUGGAACUGUGCUCAUACACAAGAUUGCGGGAGCCCUUGCAGAGGAGGGGCGUCAACUGGAGGAAAUUGUAUGUAAAGUGAAUCAAGCUUCAAAGCUAAUUGGAACCCUUGGAGUCUGUCUGAAUCCUUGCAGUGUUCCAGGAUCCUGCCCAACGUUUCAUCUUGCAUCUGAUGAGAUUGAGCUUGGUCUGGGGAUUCACGGGGAACCUGGGAUCAAAAGGACAAAACUAACAACUGCAAAUGAAGUUGUGAAGAUGAUGAUUGACCAUAUGACUGACCCAUCCAGCCAGUCCCAUCUCCCUCUCAGUGCAGGAAACUCUGUGGUCCUAGUGGUGAACAACUUGGGAGGGCUUUCCUGCCUUGAGCUGGCCAUUGUUACUGGAUCAGCUAUCCAUUGUCUUGAGAGCCGGCACGUCGUGGUUGCACGGGUGGUUUCUGGUACCUUUAUGACCGCGCUAGAGAUGUCGGGGGUCUCCCUCACACUGAUGGUGUCAGAUGAUGAGCUCCUUAGACUCUUUGACUCUGAAACUCGGGCCCCAGCAUGGCCAGCCACAGGUCGAACUGUGCUUACAGGGCAAACACGCCUUAUCCAGCCUUCAGUGGAAGAAACGACAGUGGUUAAAACCUUUGAGAAUGAAGCUUCUGAAGCGGUUCUGGUUAGACAUGUCUUGCAGAAUGUUUGCUCAUCUCUCCUUGCUCUACACGAGGAGCUCAAUGCACUUGAUCGCGCUGCAGGAGAUGGGGAUUGUGGAAGCACACAUUCAAGGGCUGCCUUGGCGAUCCAAGACUGGCUACAAACUCAAAUCAUACCUGCCAGCUAUACUCAGCUCCUGUCUGCUCUUGCAAAAGUGGUUCAAGAACACAUGGGUGGCUCCUCAGGGGCGCUAUACAGUUUAUUCCUGACAGCUGCAGCACAGCUUCUUCGGUCGUCAUCUACUCUGGUUUCCUGGGCAGAUGCAGUGCAUGCUGGGACUGAGGCCAUAAAGAGGUAUGGAGGAGCUGAGCCAGGAGACAGAACCAUGCUGGACGCUCUGUGUCCUGCAGUGAAAGAGCUGCAGAAGCUUCAUUCCUGUCCUUCUGGAGGUGAAAUGGAGGUGCUGGAGAGAGCCGUGCAGCAAGCUGAAUUGGGGGCACAGUCCACCCGUGAGCUCACAGCCCAGGCGGGCAGAGCCAGUUAUAUAGACGCUACAAGGGUUAGCCAGCCAGACCCCGGGGCUGUUGCAAUUGCGGCCAUUUUCAAAGCCAUCCUGUGUGCACUGAGGAGUAGACCAUAGGGGCAGCCUGAACUCCGAAGAAUCCAACUCCAACCAACCAAACAACCAUCCAUCCCUUUGCAAUCCAGGAAGAUGUGUUUUGUUUCGAGUGUAUGUAGUACUGCAUAAACAAUAAAACCAACAUUGUUGCUCUCA